AUGGCACCACAAUUAGAGCCGUAUUUCAAGAAGGUGGACGAGUUGGCCGAUUCAUUCAUUGACCGCCUGAGGAAGGCGGUUGCGAUUCCGUCAGUGUCCGCAGACGAUGACAAGAGAAAGGAUGUGGUGCGAAUGGGACAAUUUCUCGCUUCUGAGCUCGAGGCUCUAGGCGCAGAGGUUCAGCAGCGACCGCUGGGGAAACAACCGGGCAAGGAGCAUCUCGACCUCCCGCCUGUGGUUAUUGCGCGCUACGGCAAUGAUAAGAACAAACGCACCAUCCUCGUCUACGGGCACUACGACGUGCAGCCUGCGCUGCUUGAAGAUGGCUGGGCAACCGAACCGUUCGAAUUGACCAUCGACGACAAGGACCGGAUGUACGGGCGUGGCAGCACCGACGACAAAGGACCCGUUUUGGGGUGGCUCAACGCCAUUGAAGCACAUCAAAAGGCCGGCGUCGAGUUCCCCGUCAACCUGCUCUGCUGCUUCGAGGGUAUGGAGGAGUACGGCUCCGAGGGCUUGGACGACUUCAUCAACGCAGAAGCGAAGAAGUUCUUCAAAGACGCCGAUGCCGUCUGCAUCUCGGACAACUACUGGCUAGGGACCGAAAAGCCAUGUCUCACGUACGGUCUGCGCGGAUGCAACUACUAUUCGGUCUCCAUCUCGGGACCAGGCCAGGACCUUCACUCGGGCGUGUUCGGCGGGACUGCCCACGAGCCCAUGACCGACUUGGUCAACGUUCUCAGCAAAUUGGUGGACUCAAAGGGCAAGAUCCUGAUCCCGGGGAUCAACGAAAUGGUCGCGCCUCUGACGGAGGAGGAAAAGGCGCUGUACGGGCCGAUUGCGUACACGACUGAGAACCUAUACGAGUCGUUGGGUAGCAAGGCGGCCAUCUUUGACGACAAGGAGCGCAUCUUGAUGGCACGCUGGCGGUACCCAUCCCUCUCGAUCCACGGAGUUGAGGGCGCAUUUUCGGCCGGCGGCGCCAAAACCGUCAUUCCAGCCAAAGUCAUCGGCAAGUUCUCCAUCCGCACCGUGCCGGACAUGGACUCGGCCAAGGUCAACGAGGCCGUGUACAAGUACGUCAAGGAAGAGUUUGCGAAGCUCGGCUCCAAGAACAAACUCGACAUCUACUGCCAGCACGACGGCAAAUGGUGGGUGGCCAGCCCCAAGCACUGGAACUUCACCGCCGCCAGCAAGGCGGUCAAGGAGGUCUUUGGCGUCGAGCCGGACAUGACUCGCGAGGGUGGCAGCAUUCCCGUCACUAUUACCUUCGAGCAGGCCACGGGCAAGAACGUCUUGUUGCUGCCCAUGGGCAGCAGCACCGACGCCGCUCACAGUAUCAACGAGAAACUCGAUCGCCGGAACUACAUCGAGGGCAUCAAACUCUUGGGCGCCUAUUUGCACUACGUUGCUGAAGAGCCCAUCGUGGAAGCCUGA